AUGCCUCCCAAGAUCGUGCUCAAACGGGGCCUGAGCCGAGUGCCCACGGGUGGCAAGUCCAUCAAGGCGCCGAAGAAAGGCCCCAAGAAGGCCCCCAAGUCUUCUAAGCAGCGCCGCGCAUCCUCAUCCUCUUUGUCAUCCGCCUCGCUUGACCUCUCCGACGACGAGGGGUAUUCUGGCGUGGAGGAUGUCAGUGACUCAGAUGACGACGAGGAAAAUGUAUUCGCGGCCGAGGAGGAGCACAUAUUAGCCAACGCGAGGCAACCUGCCGCGCCAAGCUCCCCUCGGCCGACCUCUUCUGACGUCGACGGCGACGAAGAUGAAGCCGCCGCCGAUGCUGAUGAUGACGAUGAUACAGACGAAAACGAGAAUGAGAACGAGCACGAGCUCGAUUCUGUGGACGAGGACGGUGAUGAUACUAGCAGUGUUAGCUGGAACGGCUUCGCGUCUGAGAAUGACGAGCCCGCCCCAGCCCAAGUACACACUGCCGAGCCAGUUAGUACAACUCCUGUUGAACGUCACGUCCGCUUUGCGGGCGUCCCCGACUCAGAGUCGGACUCUGACGAGACCGAGGAGGAUGUCGAUGACUUCUUCCCGGACAUUUUCAUUGCUCAGGACUCGCUCGACUCUGGGUUCCGCCGGGAGAUCGAGCAGGAUGACGACGAUGAUUCGUCCGUCUCUGCAACCUAUUGGGACUACUCGGGUGCCGCUGGCGCACCAGACGACUCAGACGAUGACCCAUAUGGGAUCGACGAGGAGUAUCCCAACAUUUUCGGGAGCAGCAACGUGAAUGAGCCAAAUGAUGUCUCGCACUCAAAAGUUCCUGAACUUCCUUUGCCAGAGGAUGAUGACGAUGAAUCGGAUGGUUAUAUGUCCGAUGGUGAGACGACCGAAGAGGAUGAACCUGAGCCGGUGCCCCGUAAGAAGCUGAUUCCGAUUCUGCGUGCUGCGUCUGGGGAGCCGUCCGACUCAGAAAAGUCUGAAGGUGGCACGCCCAAGCCGAUCAAGAGGUCGAUCAAAAAGCCGAUUGUUGUCAUGAACCCUGUCACCCGCAAAAUGAUGGUCAUCACGCCACAGAAGAAGCAGCGUCGAUUUGAUGUUAUCCUCGACCCGGUGCAGUUCCAACCAGACUACUUCUCCUAUCCCGCCUCCCACCAGACUUCUCCGAUCAUGGGCAAUCCCGGCUCACUCAUGAUGAGCGCCAUGUCGUCUGCCAACUUCUUCGCCGGCGGCAUGAUGGAUUUCCAGACUGUUGGACCUGCCGAGGCUUUCUUUCCCUCGGGCGCCGAACCGUACAUGGGAGACGAUAGUGAGGACUCCUGGCUGGUGGAUGCUGAGCAAGAGGAUGAAGAUGCCGAAGAAAGAAACCUGAACAUCGAGGACUUCCUCGAUUUCGGCGAUGGCGGGUCGGAGGGGGAGGAUGAGGCUGACAAGUCCGACGACGGCAACACCGACGCAACACCUUCGCGCCGCAGUUCCAUGGCUCCCAGCGCUUUGAGCGAUUCCAACACCGACGUCCAUCCGCUUCUGAGCCACCUGACCAACAAUGCGGAUGCCGUCGGCGCCUUCCGGCGGAAUCAGGUCAACCAGCAGCUGAUAUUGAACGGGCAAGCAACACAGGAGUCUCUUGCUUUCUCAAACCCGUUGUAUCAUGGCACUCUUCGUGGUAUCAAGCACGGCAGUCUGGGAGGCGCAGCUACUCCUCUGACACCGGAACGUCGUCACAAGAAGGUCAUGGCAAAGAGCCCCUCGGAGGCUGUCAUGCAAAAGCGCAAGGCUUCUGGUCCAGCUGCCGACAUCUCUCAGGCCCAUAAGAGGCAGCGCAGUAUUUCGGACGUGAGGACGAUGCACCUCUGA